AUGCCACCUGUGUUCCACUUGGAUGAUUAUGACGACUGCAUGAUAAACCCUCAAGGCUUGUACUGCUUUGUCGACGUCAACUUAGUUUCCGACGGUCCAAAUGAAGUCCUAGUUAUGAUACAAGAUCUAAAUGAAACUGAUUUGAUCACCAAUCAUCAUCUCCCGAUUGCUUUGGAAGGAUGUUUCAAUGAAUCCAUAUAUCAGGACUAUAGACUCAAAACGAGAGUAUCACACGUAUUUUGUGUCGAUAAUAAGAAGGAAGUUGUUCUUGACGCUGGCGAUAUAGCGCUGGGAGUGUUUAUAUUUAUUGUUCUAGCGUUAAACGUGAUUGGAAGUCUUUACGACGUUAUUUUGAUAAAAGGCAAUAAAAAUCAAGGAAUUAAGCCUUUGCUCUGUUUCUCGGUGCCACGUAAUUACAGAAUGCUUUUGUCUCACCACCAAAAAUCUGAUGUGAUCCUUUCGGAAGAACGUUUCGUUAUUUUCGAUGGUUUGAAGACCAUAACGAUGAUGUGUGUUAUCUAUUGUCAUUCGCUCAUGAUAUUUGCUUUUGAACCUGAAAAUCCCCAUCAUAUCGAACAGAUAAGUGUUGCCAAAGAGGUUGAAGACUGUCGACAAAAUGGUUGGGCAAACCUAUUGUAUAUAAACAAUUAUAUGGUUAAUUCCCAAUGCCUUGGACAGUCAUGGUAUUUAGGUGCCGCUAUGCAGUUAAGUAUAGUGGGCUACAUUGUUUGUAUAUUACCAAAGACUGUUAAGGUCAGAAACAUAGCGUUAACGAUCCUCUUUGUGAUUGGUAUCUUAACACCAGCAGUUCAUACUUACUAUCAAGACUUGGACGCUGUUCUCAUGAUUACACCUGAAACAGCUCGAGUCUUUGAAGGCAACCCAACAUUUAAUUAUGUAUACAGAAUGGGUCACACAAACAUCACGAAUUUCAUCGUAGGCAUCGUUUUAGGAUAUUCCAUAUAUCGAUGGCAGAAAACCGGAGAAACGCUACAAAGAUAUAAAAUUGAAUUCACAUUAGCAAGUAUAACAGUGACAUUUAUACUGUCAGUUCCUUUUUGGUUACUUAUGAAUACACCUCUCACUCAGCUGCUUAAAUGGUGUGUUGGUUGUUUGUUACAAAUGAAAGAGGAGCAUGAAACAGAAAAAAAGUCUAAAAUAGAUAAGAAUAGUGUUACACUUGAAGUAAAGAAUGAAAACCAAAGGGAAGUUGGUGAACAUAAUUCAUCAUAA